UUCCGCUGGUAUCACCGCUGCGCCGACACCCCCUCCGUUCAUGCCGCCGAUCGUCUUGAUCAAUUAUGGCCCAGCAUCGACGCCUUUGACCGCCGCACCGCCGCCGCCAGCGCCCACGCCGUCGCCUGCUCCCGCUCCCGCUGCCGCUUCGCCCCCUGCCGCUGCCGCAACGCCGCCGCCAGCGACCACGCCGCUGCCCGCUCCCACGCCUUCACAGUCGCCCUCUGCUACUUCGCCGUCACCGUCGGCGACCCUCGCUCCUGGCCAAACGUCCUCUGCCGCUUCGCCGUCACCGUCGGCGGCCCCCGAUCCAGACAAGCCGCCGUCGCCGCCGGACCCCGCGAUGCCCCCGCUUACGGCUCACGCCAUGCGGCAGCUUCGCCCGAGUACAAAGGCCGAGGGUAUGACAGACCCGCGGCUGCCAAGCCGCACGAGAUCGGGCACAAGGCACAGCACAGGAUUUAUCUCGAUGCUAAACAACAACACUCUGGUGUCGAUGCUGGAGGCUCGGAGCGCGGUGGAUGAGGAGCGCAGGGAGCCGGGGGGAGCGGGGGCCGGAGAGCGGGGGGGAGCACUCGCAGCGGCGGACCCGGGGGCUGGAGGAGCGGGCUUUCCACUCGCAUUUGCCACGCUCCUCGCCAACCGGGAAGACAUCAACGCCACGCUGCGAGACCAGCGCCCGCCGGAGCAACGCCCUGACCUUCCGCACUGCCAGGCCAGCGACCUUCGUGAUGUUGGCUGCUUUGGCGUGCGAGUUGAACCUCGACUUGUGUCAUUCAAUAUUCAGCAAGCUUUUGUGCGUUCGGAGUUGGAGAAAGACGUGUACAUGCGUUUGCCGCAGGGAUGUGGAGCUCUAUCUGGAAGGGUUGUAAAACUAGGCAAGAGUCUGUAUGGCUUGAGACAGGCAUCUAGGCAGUGGCAUGCAAUGCUGAAGAGGUUGACGAUUUCUCAGCAGACUUUCACGGAUGAGCUAGCAGAAGAGUAUGGAGUAGUGGGAGGUUUCAGUUCGCAGGGCUACGCUGAUGCAAACUUUGCAAGCAAGGCAGCAGACCGGAGGUCGGUAUUAGGGGGGAUCGUCACGUGUAGAGGAGGCGCCGUGUCUUGGUUUUGCAGAACGCAGAAGUGUGUUACGCUUUCGACGACAGAAGCAGAGUACGUCGCGUUUGGUGACGUAUUGAAGGAGAUCUUGAAAAUUUGGCGUUUCAUGUUGCCGCAGGUCGGCAUGCCGUGCAUUCCAGUCUUCGAGGACAACCAGGGGGCGAUUCAACUAGCGCAGAACCCCAUCUCAAACUCGAACUCGAAGCACAUAGAUGUAAGGCAAGAUUUUCUCAGGGAACUGGUAGAGAGGAAGGAAAUUUCGGUGAUCCACGUGCCGUCGCCAUACCAGCGUGCAGAUUUUCUUACGAAGAGCUUGCCGAAGGACACUUUCGAGUCUCACCGUGAUUUUGUGAUGAAUUUGGCAUGA